GGCUGUAAAAUAAAGACACUCCGUUCGAAGACAAACACGUACAUUAAGACGCCAGUACGUGGAGACGAACCAAUUUUUGUGGUCACCGGACGUCAGGAGGAUGUCCAGGUGGCCAAGCAGGAAAUACUUGCCGCUGCUGACCACUUCAGCCAGAUCAGAGCCACUAGAAAAACAUCUGGAAACUUUUCGUCAUCAUCGUCGUCAUCGCCAUCAUCUUCUAACGGUCCGAAUGUUACGACGAAAGAGGUACGGGUGCCCUUCAAAGUGGUGGGCCUGGUGGUUGGGCCGAAGGGAGCCACCAUAAAGAGGAUCCAAGAAGAGACGCAGACAUACAUUGUGACGCCAAGCAGAGAUAAGGACCCUGUCUUUGAGAUCAUCGGAUGUCCUGAAAAUGUCGAGAAAGCCCGCCAGGAAAUCGAGAGCUACAUCAACCUACGUACCAAGGGGUACGCAGAG